AUGGUCACGUGGACCGCCUUGCUGACAUUAUGCAUAUGGAUACAAACACAGACUGCAUUGGGACAGUUCAAAUGUCCUCCUCCACACAAGCUGGUGGAUUUCACUGUAAAUUAUUCCCUCCCCUACUUCCAAACAGAAAAUCCCAUACAAAACAUAGCUGUGAACUUGGACCCACUGCAGCAAGAGGUGUACAUUGGAUCCCAGAAUGUCAUCGAAGCUGUUGAUAACACCUUCAAAAAAAUAUGGGAGGUGAAAACUGGACCUAUUGGCAGUCCUGACUGUAAAACCUGCCAGGUGUGCGAUAUAGAAAAUGACCCUGAGGAUCCACUGGAUACAGACAAUGAGGUUCUGCUAUUGGAUCCAGCUGGAUUUCUCCUCCCUUAUCUGUAUGUUUGUGGAAGUACUCAGCAUGGGAUCUGUUACUUCAUCAACUACAGUGAAAUGCAGCCUGAGCCGCGGUGUUUAUAUAACAAAAACAAGAACUCUCCAUCUAAUUGUCCUGACUGUCUAGCCAGUCCACUUGGCACCAAAAUCAGCAUUGUUGAACAGGGACAAACAACAAAUUUCUUUGUAGCCACCUCUGUCAAUGACAGAAUAGCACAGCGGUAUCCAAGGAGAUCAAUAUCAGUGAUGAGGCCACUUUCAACUGAAGACGGUUUUGAAUUGGUUACAAAUGGACUAACAGUGCUCCCCAGUCUGCGAGACUCAUACAAAAUCGAUUACAUCUACAGUUUCUAUACCAAGGAGUUUGUCUACUUCCUGUCCCUGCAAAGGGAGGAUCCUUCCAUAAGUAAUUCAGCCUUUCAGACUCACCUGGCACGACUGUCAAUAUCAAUUCCAGAAGUGUGGAUGUACAGGGAGGUGGUCCUGGAGUGUCGGUAUGAUCCAAAGCGGAGGAGGAGGCGCAGGGACAGUUCCAGGGAUGUUGUGUUUAAUGGGCUUCAGGCCGCCUACUUUGGGCGAGCUGGGACAGACCUGGCAGCUGAGCUGGGGGUUGAUGAGACAGAGGAUAUACUUUAUGGAGUGUUUGCAAUAGUGGAUGAGCAUGGACAUCCCCAAAAAGACUCAGCUCUUUGUGCCUUCUCUUUGACACAAGUAAACAAGGCCAUUGAAAAAGGCGUUGAGGCCUGCUGCAAGGCAGGCACCGAGCAGCUGUCCAGGGGACUGUACCAUUUCCAGCCACGUGAGAACUGCCCACAUGAAAGUGCUGCGGGUAACUGCACUCAAAUGCCCACUUUGGUGUUAACGCCGUACUACAGACUGGACCUGUUUAACAGAGAGAUGAGAGAUGUCCUGUUCACUGCUGUCCUGGUCACCACUAUCAACAACCUCACACUGGGGCACUUCGGCACCUCGGAUGGGAGAAUACUGCAGGUGAUUCUGACACUGACAAGUCCAACUGUUUAUGCAAACUAUUCUUUGGGGGAAACCCAAGUAUCCAGGACAGCAGCAGUCUCACAGGAUUCACUUCUUUUUGUUGUGGGGAAUAAGAUGUUCAAGGUGCCCUCUGCAGGACCAGGGUGUGCACAUUUUACCACAUGUCCAUCAUGUUUAAUGGCGCCGCGCUUCAUGAAUUGUGGCUGGUGUUCUGGAAACUGCUCAAAGCAGCAUGAGUGUACCUCACAGUGGAACCAAAAUACCUGUGCACCGGUCAUUACAGAGUUUUAUCCAAAAAUUGUACCAGCUGGUGGACAAACAGAACUGACGCUGUGUGGUAGAGAGUUCCAGUCUCAUCAGCGACCUCCAGUCAUCAGUGAUAGAACUCACACCAUCAUAGUGGGCUCUGGGAGCGUCUGUGCGGUCACGUCUUGGAAGAGCAAUAGCCAAGUGCUUGUUUGCAAUAUUCAGGAAAAAACCCCACACCAGAACCUAAACAUCACUCUUCAAGUGCAUGAGGGGAUAAUGCACGGCGUCUACUCAGUUGAAGGCAAAGCUCAAAUAUCUGGCCUCUCUUUUGUGGUGCCUAAUAUAACAGAAAUCACCCCAGACUUUGGACCUGUGUUUGGAGGAACACUGGUUACACUAACAGGCAACUAUCUGAACAGUGGGAUUCAGAGGGAUGUCUUAAUUGAUGGCAAAAAGUGUGUCAUUCAGAGUGCCUCCAAGGGAAGUGGUGCCGUGUCUUCUAUUGUUUGCCAAACAGCAGCUGUACCAGGUGUCAGAAAGGCACCGGUGAAUGUGACCAUUGACAGCCUCCAAGUGACCAGCACGAAGAAGUUUUCCUACAAGACAAACCCUGUUAUCAAGUCUGUACAUCCUCACUGUGGUUUUAAAAGUGGAUCCAGUGUGUGGAUUGUGGGUGAGAACCUUGACUCCGCCCACCAUACGGUUGUUAACUAUACUUCCAGAUAUCUCUUACUGCAGAACUCUGUCCCUCUUCAAAAGGUCUGUGAGGGUACAGCUAAUGCCACUCAUAUGGAGUGCAGGACUCCUGCUUUUCCUGAGGAAAUGUUAGAAGAAAAGUUUGUGUCUGGAGAGAUUUCUAUUCACAUGGAUGGAAAAAGCAACCUGUGGAAGAGUCGGUUUGAUUAUCACUCUGAUGCCAAUCCUAUUCCCUUUGAACAUGAAAACAAUGUGUUGUUUCUAAAACCAGGAGACAACGAAGUUUCAUUACAUCAUCACAAACUUAAUACAGUGAGUUCAUGUAUGAAGAUCACAAUGACCAUCGGGGGUGUGGACUGUAACGUCCAGGUUCUGUCCAAUGAGCUGACCUGCAGGAUUCCUAAAGGUUUCGUUAUUCCCAGUGAAGGCGUGCCUGUUGAGGUGUCUGUGAAUGGAAAAGUUUAUAAUGUAGGCACAGUGGUUCUGGAUGAUGGCAACAACAACACAGUCAUUGUAGGCAUUGUCCUGGGCAUCAUCGCAGCAUUGGUAGUAGGCGCGAGCCUCGCAUUACUUGUGAUGAUUCACCUAAGGAAGAAAAAGAGAGCCAACAUAGAGAGUCGUUUAUCAACAGUGCUUUCCCAGAACCGCUUUGGCGCUAAUUCAGAUAUAUCCCCAACGGGCGAUUACAGACGGGUGCAACUACUCAGUCAAACCUCAGGCUCAGGAGGAAUAGCAUUCCAAGGUUUAUUAUACGCUGCUGCCAGUCAAGACCACCUGUCUGUUCCUUUAAUGCCACGAGAUAGUAUCUCACUGGUCAGCCUAAGCUCUGAACUUCUUGAAGAGGUCAAAGAUGUGCUGAUUCCUGCAGACAUGCUUAGAAUUGAGGCUGACCAGAUUAUUGGCAAAGGACACUUUGGCACAGUUUAUCAUGGAUACUUAAUAGACAGCAAUAAACAAGAGACCCACUGUGCUGUUAAAUCCCUGAACAGAAUCACGGAUGUAGGGGAGGUGGACCAGUUCUUAAGGGAGGGAAUCAUCAUGAAAGCAUUCCACCACCCCAACAUACUGUCUCUGCUGGGGAUCAUGCUCCCCAAAGAAGGACUCCCUCUGGUGGUUCUGCCUUAUAUGAAACAUGGGGAUGUGCGUCAUUUCAUCCGCUCGGAGAAAAGGAAUCCAACAGUGAAAGACCUGAUUGGCUUUGGGCUUCAGGUUGCAAAGGGCAUGGAGUAUUUAGCCCAGAAGAAGUUCGUGCACAGAGACUUGGCUGCACGUAACUGCAUGCUGGAUGAAACCUUCACAGUAAAAGUAGCUGACUUUGGCAUGGCAAGGGACAUCUAUGACAAAGAAUAUUACAGCAUUCGAGAUCACAAAAGAGUGAAGUUACCUGUGAAGUGGAUGGCCAUUGAAAGUCUGCAGACGCAGAAGUUUACUACCAAGUCUGAUGUGUGGUCCUACGGUAUAUUGAUGUGGGAGCUGCUGACUAGAGGGGCUAGUCCAUAUCCAAAUGUGGACCCAUACGACAUCACCCACUUCUUGUUGAUGGGACGUCGACUUCCCCAGCCACAGUUUUGCCCAGAUACGCUCUAUUCGAUCAUGUUGGCAUGUUGGGACCCAGAGCCUGAACACAGGCCUACUUUUCACAGCCUGGUCAGAAAAGUAGAUCACAUCCUGUCUUGUCUUGAGGGUGAACACUAUAUCAAUCUGAAAGUUACAUACAUCAACUUGGACCAGCCAAGGCCUUACCCUUCCCUCAGCGGAUCUGCAGACGAGGCCGAGGCCUCAGACUCGGACACAGAUGGACAUAGUGCCAGCUGAGGCUGACUUCAUGAUGGAAACACAGGAAUGCAAAUAAAAAUUGGCAGCAAAUGGGAAGAGGGACAGCUUAACCUUCAUUUAUUUAUGUACCACAUACAUUGUUGAUCAUUUAUAGAGAGACGAUCAAAGGCUUGGUUUGGCUGCUGAGUCAUUGGUCUCGGUAGGUAACUUCAACUCUUUUUGGAGCUGAGACAAAAUCACACUGGAGGUUUCCAAUCCUGCUGCUACAUUUUAUUUGUAGCAAAAUAGAAAGGGCAUCCAAAUAGAAGUUUUAUUUUUAUACCAUCUGAAGCACAAGCGUUAAUGAGACUAAAUGAAUGUAGACUGUGCUUUUGGUAUCAGGUUUGUAUGUUGUAUUUGGAUAGGAUGUGGGCCUAGUGAGAUGGUACUUAAAAAGUGCUGUACAAAUAUUUGUCUCUCAAUGAGUAGGUUAUGUAGGAUACAUAAACUGUUUUUGCUCAGGGGUCAGCAUUUUCAUUUUUCCCUCAUCUUUUUUUAUUAUGUGCGGGGUAGUUCAUCACAUCCACAGAUAUAAAGAAUGUUCAUUAAAUUUGUGUGACUUCAUGUAAACUAAGUAAACUGGGUACAAGUGAACUGAAGUUUAACAAGUUCCAGCCACUGGAUCAUGCAUUUACUUGGUUACACACUGAUCUGAACUCUGCUGUGGAAAUGGUAACUGAAGCUCUGAACCAGAAGCAGAGGCUUUACCAUUGCUGGUCAUUAACACUAGGGGGCAUCCAUGCACCUUUUUUUCAAUCCAACUUGAGCAGUUGCUGCAGUGCCACUCCAUGCAGCAGCAUUCAGUUCAACACCAAGUGUUACACAAACAGAAAACCUUUAUUAACCUGAAGCUUAGAUAUUUGCAGUUCAACUGAGCAAAUCUAACAAACUCACACUCACAGCCCAAUCAGCAUAUCAUGACAUUCUGUUCAUAAAUUGAGUUCUCUCUACUGCAAACUAGGUAAUCCAUAGAAUUUUAGACAUUAUGCACUGAUUUUUCAACUUUUAGACUGUCAAUACAAUGUGCUUUAACCAAAGAGAUGAUUAAUGUGGUCCAACAGAUUUUCUACAAAGGGUAAUAAAUUGUCUUCUGAUAUACUUGAUGAUUUUUGUAUUGCUGCAAUUUCUUUUUUUCCAUACAAAAUAGAAAUGUUUUUUUUUUUUGUUUGUUUUUUUUUUACUUUCACUGUGCUGCAUCGUAAAGAGUAUUUUUACAGACAAAUGGGUAAUUGCACACACUUGUCUCUAAAAUGUGUACAGAUUAAAAGUUUGCUUAGA